AUGGAGAUUGGGUACUUCGACCGGAGAUUGGGUACAUCUCUACACUGGCAACCCAGUGUAGAGAUGGUUCUGCUCCUUUUGGACAGAGGUGCUAUUGCAAGCUUUGGUAAGGCUAAGCAGACUGUUUUGAUGACUGCAUGUUCUGCUUGUGGCUCUGAAGAACAGAUCUUGAAGUGCGUAGAGCUGCUACUUUCAAGAAAUGCUGAUCCAAAUGUAACUUGUAGGAGACUGAUGACUCCCAAGUAUGCUGCAUGGGAUGGCCACUCUCAGGUGGUUGCUCUCCUGGUUGCACAUGGAGCAGAAGUGAACGCCCAGGACGAGAAUGGUUAUGCUGCCUUAACAUGGGCAGCACGUCAAGGUCAUAAAAAUGUAGUUUUGAAGUUGCUUGAACUUGGAGCUAAUAAAAUGCUACAAACCAAAGAUGGAAAGACACCAAGUGAGAUUGCAAAAAGAAACAAACAUCUUGAGAUCUUCAACUUUCUUUCUUUGACUUUAAAUCCAUUGGACGGAAAGGUUCAAGGGCUAACUAAAGAAGAGGCUAUUUGUAAACAAUUGACAGCAGAUUCUGAUAAAGGAAAAGAUCACAUAUUUGGUUCAUACACAGAAUUUGAAGAUCUGGAAAUAUUUUUACAUGGUCUUGGACCGGAACAUAUGACAUUAGACUUACUAAAGGAAAGGGAUAUAACUUUAAGACACCUUUUGACCCUGAAAAAAGAUGAAUUUGCAAAGUUUGGGAUUACCAAUAAAGAUCAGCAGAAAAUUCUGGCUGCUAUUAAAGAACUGGAGGUAGAAGAGAUAAAUUUUGGAGAGUUACCUGAAGUGGCAAAGUUGGAAAUCAGCUGCAAAAUGAAGGGAAAAUGA